AUUCCGAUCGUAGGGCCUCCAGGCUGGGCGCAUUGCCAUCACUGGCGAUACACUCAGUAGAUAUCUUGAAAGGGAAAGUCUACGUUCUAGCAAGUCUCAAGUCUUUCUCCGCUAAAUGCCUCCAGGAAGAGGCUUUCGUAGUCGAAAGCUGAGACAUACUGGAGCCUGUACCCCCUACGGAUUGAUGGUGCUGACGGUGAGCUACGGGCUCGUCUUGCGGUUGCGGCUUGGCCAUGGAAAUUGUGCGAGUGCAGUAUGACCUAGAGCGCCCGAGUGAUACUUUCACACAAACCUGUGAAGCAGCUCAAGUAACUGCAACAUCCACUGGACGUAGAAAAUGGGUGACUAAAUAACGACCCAGGGCUCUCCCCUAUAUGAAUCCUUUACCCUACUCUUUAAGCCCGCAACUCCCUAAACCAUGGCAACCUCACCCGCACCCUCCAUGUCUGAGCCCGCCCCACCAUCUGGCGUGAGCGGAGCCCACUUCGGAAAACAACUCGGCCUCAAGCAGUACUGCAACUCGCCCACCAUGUCCGACAUCAUUAUCCGCUUCGGCUCCUCAGGCGAGCGCAUGUUCUACGGCCACAAGGUCGUGCUUUGCGCUCGCUCCUACUGGUUCCAAGCUGCCCUGAACGGACGCUUCAUUGAGAGCGUCUCCACGGAAAUCCAACUCCACGACGACAACGAUGACGCGCUCCAAUACGUCCUCGAAGCCGCCUACCUCCCGCCCCUCCCCGAGGGCUGGGAUCCCGACCAAAAGCACGCCACCCCCGCUAAUGACGCGCAGCCGGAGGACAUCUCGAGUGCGAACAAACUCGCGCUCUUCUGGCUGCGCUGCCUCCGCGUCGCGGACAAGUACGACUUCGCAGACAUGCAAGCCCGCUUGCAAGAGUAUGCGGGGCACGAGCUGGACGACUACACGACCUUAGCCGCAUGCCAUACGGCGUGCACUCCCGGCUUCCUCGAAGUGGUCCGCGAGAUUUACGACCUGCCUCCUACGCUUGCAUCAAAGGUGCGAAUCCAGUUCUUCGACUGUGUGAUGUGUACCCGCAGUUUGUGGAGCUCCACGGCUGUGAUGUUGCGCUGUGUGGCUAAGCAGCAUGCCGAGUUCGCUCAAGAGCUGCUCGAUCAUAUGCUGCGGGAUGAAGAGAAGCAGGAGGAUAAACUGGCGCAAUAGAGGAUGUUGGCCGUGAAUGCGCACGUGGAAUGCGAGAAGUACGCGCGCCUGAUCGUAUAUGAGCACGGCAGUGUCUGAACAAGAAUCUUGCACAGGCUAGCUCGGAGGGUUUG